AUGCCAGGCUCAAUACCUACGAUGGCUGUGCAGAAGAAACAGAGUGUCAUCCCUCCAUCGCAGGGACCACUUUCUUCACGUACAAUCGACAGUCAAAGGAAGAGGAAUGGAUCUGAAAGAGCAUCAGAGAAUGGCUCUUGUAUCAAACCAAAUACGCAGGCCAAGAAAGCAGCCUGUCCUGUUCACAAGCCUGCCCAAAUCUCCAACUCAGUUUCUCCAAGGGCCACUGCAGUGGCUAAUGGACAAAAUAUUGACGAGAGGCUGAAAGCAGCACGAGAGAGACGAGAAGAGCAAGAGAAGUUACUUGCCUCUCGGGAGCUGAGCAGGUUGGAGCGGGAGCAACGGGCCAGGCUCUACUAUGAACAACAGCUGCAGGAGCGCAAGAAGAAACUCCUGGAGCAGCGGUACAAAGAGGAGACGAGGCGUGCUGCUGUGGAGGAGAAGCGCAAGCAGAGACUGAAGGAGGAGAAAGAGCGGCAUGAAUCUGCUGUGCGCAAAACAAUAGAGAAGAGCCAAAGGGCCCAACAGAAUCUCAGUCAAAACUCAAGAGGAAGGAAAGCCACCAAGAAUACUCCACGUCGCUUACCACUGACACCAUGGGAGAAGAACUUGGUCAGUCGCCUCCUUACCCCCACUUGCUCUUAUCUGGCCAGGAGCAAGAGCGCUGGCUGCGAGUCAGGAGAAGAAGUUGUCCAUGUUUGUCGCCGUGCAGUUUCAUUCCACUCCAUGAAUACCACCAACACCACCACCACCACUACCACCACCACCACCCCUCUCAAACCCCAGCAGCACUCUGGUUUGGUCCAACAGAGGCCAUAUGCCUCCCCCAGUCCCAACAACAGAAGCAUCAAUCUGGCGCAGAUCAAAGUAACAAAACAGCAAGAUGCCAAUAAGAAGAAGUCAAACAGGGGCUCAAAUAUCAGAUCACCUGGCGUCAAAACCAGCAUGAAACCAGCCACAGUCACAAAAAGCAGAACACCCUCCCCCUCACCAGAACGGAGUUCCCGCAGAUCAAUUAGCAGACAUUCAACCCCGCUGCAGCUCGAGCUCCCGUCGGUCCCUGAGGAAGAUGUUGCUGUUUGUAGUUCUGCCCUCGCUCCUGGUAACUCACGGCCUGUCAGGACAUCAGCUGGAGGUCAGAAAGAGAAAAUGAGGGCUGGAAAUGCACCAGAGACUCCGUGCUUGAACCUGCCAGAGACACAAAUGGAGGCUAUAACCAGAGCAACGAGAGAUGAAAGUCCUUCCCAGAUGCCUCCUCAUCCAGCUCCAAAGCCUCCUGAAGUUGUGAGCAGGCCCUCGGCUGGUACUACAGACCGAGAGGAGGCCUCUCGUCUCCUGGCUGAAAAGAGGAGAGAGGCCCGACUACAACGGGAGAGAGAGGAGCAGGAGCGUCUGCAGAGAGAGGAGGCAGAAAGGCGGAGUCGUGAAGAACUGGAGCGCAGGAGGGCAGAGGAGCGAGCGCGACAGCAGGCCGAGGCUCAGCAUCUCAUAGAGGAGAAGAGGAGACGGGAGGAAGAGGAGCAGAGACAAGCUGAGGAAGAGAGAGCUCAGGCCAUGAGGGAAGCCGCCCUUCUGCAGAAACAGAGAGAAGAGGAGCAAGCCAAAGAAAGGGCGAAAGCCGAGCAGAUCAAACAAGAGCGAGAAAUUCUUGCACAAAAAGAAGACGCAGAGCGCCAAGCAAGAAAAAAGCGACUUGAGGAGAUCAUGCGGAGAACCAGAAGGACAGAUUCUCCAGAUACGAAGUCUGUACCAGCGAGGAUCAUGCCAAAGGAAGCCCAACCAAAGGAAAACACAGAGCCUGUGCACAAUGGCACCAUAGAGGAUGCUGUCAAGCUGCCAGUGGGAACUAAGUCCUCACAGCUGGGGCUGAAGAAUGAGGAGGACAUGGUGCCUGUUGUGGCCUUCAAAGAACGCAGGUCUCUCAGAACGCUCACAGGCCUGGAGGAAAUCCAGACCCACCAACGAGCAGAGGUCAUCUGAACACCUUCAAAGUGGGCAAAGACUUUGAUGGAGAGCAGUGAUUUCUCUGCAAAAGAUGGGAAUUCCUGCAGUACAGCCAG